ACUUUCAACUAUUGGUUUACGUUCUGUGACGUCAAGAAGAAGAGGUUACGUCAGGACGCUCAGGGGAACACGGUGAAAGAACAAAAUGGAGGAAUAUGCGAGAGAGCCGUGCCCCUGGAGGAUUGUGGAUGACUGUGGUGGAGCAUUCACCAUGGGAGCUAUUGGAGGAGGGAUAUUCCAGGCGGUAAAGGGCUUCAGAAACGCACCCUCGGGAAUGAGCCACAGGAUGAGGGGUAGUUUAACUGCCAUUAAGACCAGAGCCCCGCAACUGGGAGGUAGCUUUGCGGUGUGGGGAGGCCUUUUUUCCAUGAUUGACUGUGGUUUAGUAAAAGUAAGAGGGAAAGAAGACCCCUGGAAUUCAAUAACAAGUGGUGCCAUGACUGGUGCUAUUCUCGCUGCAAGAAAUGGGCCUGUAGCAAUGGUUGGCUCUGCUGCUAUGGGUGGGAUUCUGCUGGCAUUGAUAGAGGGCGCUGGAAUCUUGCUUACAAGGUUUGCCUCUUCACAAAUCCCAACUGGACCUCAGUUUGCGGAGGAACCCGGCCCCGCCCCAAUGCCUUCCCCUCCCUUUGGAGACUACAGACAAUACCAGUGAAAGGACACCACAUCCCAUGAUCCACUAGGCCUUUUGGAAUUCCUUGCUGAAGUUAUUGUGAAGGAGUGGAGGUGCAGACUACCGAUCACAUCGCACUCGAGAAACAAGUUUACCAUCUGACUACAUCAGAGAUGUGGUGGAUGCAAUUCAUCUCCAUUUUCCCCCUCAAGAAACGUGCACAUCUGCCUUUAGCCAUUCUCAGCCUUGUCGUGUGCAUCGGUGACACCCCACGCCGGCUCAGAACAGACACGACUGACUUAAGGGUUUUGAGAUAUUUGUGGGCUUAUGAGGUUCAAACUCUGCAGUCAUAGUCCAAACCUAAGCAACAGUCUGAGUAUUCAAUCUUGGAAGAAUCUGUGAGUUAUAGGUGAUGAAUUACUAUGUGUAUAUAAAGUAAAAGCGUUCUGCUCCUUACCACAUAUAGUCCUCGUUUUCUGGUCAUGAGUCACGCUUGUGCUGGCCGUCAACACUUGCCUGGCCUUUUAUUUGAUUUUUUUUUUUACCCAAGAGUUCUAGAGGCAGACGUCUGCCCGAUACAUUGCCAUUCCUAGAGCACCAGUUUGUUUUAAAAUGAUUUAUUUAUUUAUAGAGUUAAAUCAUAUUCUAUGAAACAGGGAUUUCUACAUUUAACAUACAGAUGGUGGGGGGGUUGGAGCUAAUGACGGCGGCAGAUUCAGGCAGGUAACAAUAAAAAGUAAAACUCAAGCAAGGGAUUGAUGCAUAUUGUUUAAAAUCUGUGUAACAGAUUGUUCUAUGGUAAAUAAAAAAUACAAUGGAAAGUG